CAGUCUGAUCGGUGUUUGACGAGACACUACACUUUAAACGGGGUUUCUACAAAGUUUAUCUCUUUUCUUCUCUCUCUCUUCCAAUCGCAAACAAACCCUAGCUUUCUCUCUCUUCCUCUCACCUCUCUCAAGAUUUUAUCAUGACCGAUCCUGAAGAUCCCGAUCUGAGCAACGAAGACUCCGCUUGGAGACAACUAACAGCUCCAGAUUCUGUCUUUUUCGACAGAGACACUUCCAAUAUCCUCUCUGACUUUGGCUGGAACCUCCACGCUUCUUCCUCCGACAAUCAUCACAAUCUCCGUUUCGAUCCCUGUUUACCACCAACCUCCACUGUCCCAUCUCCCGUCACCACCACAUCAACGCCUGACCCCAUUCCAGCUUCUUCCCGUUCCUCAACCGUCGCCGCCGCCGCUGCUUCUGUUGUCUCGACCUCUAAUAAUCCUUCGGCUACCUCCAGUUCAAGCGAGGAUCCAACGGAUAACUCAACCCCGAAAACACCGGAGACACCAAAGAAGGAGAAGAAGCAGGCUCAGAAGCGGAUCCGGCAACCAAGAUUCGCAUUCAUGACCAAGAGUGAUGUAGAUAAUCUUGAAGAUGGAUAUCGAUGGCGUAAGUAUGGACAGAAAGCUGUCAAAAAUAGCCCAUUUCCAAGGAGCUACUAUAGAUGCACGAACAGCAGAUGCACAGUGAAGAAGAGAGUGGAACGAUCAUCUGAAGAUCCAUCGAUAGUAAUCACAACAUACGAAGGACAACAUUGUCACCAAACUAUUGGAUUCCCUCGUGGCGGAAUCCUCACAGCUCACGACCCUCAUAAUUUUACAUCCCAUCAUCAUAAUCUCCCUCUUCCAUUGCCAAAUCCUUAUUACUACGAAGACCUCCAUCAACUUCACAGAGACAGUACAUCUUCACCGCGGUUAUUACCCCAGUCUACUACUGAAGAUGGACCUGCUGCAGUGUCGUCUAUUAAUCCAUCAGAAGAAGGCCUACUUGGUGAUAUUGUACCUCAAACCAUGCGCAAUCCUUGAGGGUUUAUUACUUUAUAUGGACCACAGAUGCAUGAAGGGUUACUUUCUUACUAGUCCGAAAUUUGAAACCAAAUCAAGAGAUAUCUUAAAGUGGGAGAAAAUUUCCAUGCUUUGACAGAAGCAAGUCUACCUGAUGUAUUAUGUGAGAAUCAGUAUAGUGCAAGUGUAAUCAUUGAUUCAACCGACUCAUAUAUCUAUCCUGUGAACAAUUUAGAUCACUUGAUCGAUAUGUCGGCUAGUGCUUUUUCAAUUAUUCAUUUUUACUGAACACAUAAAUAAAAGCUGGAUAAUGCAUACACGAAUAGUGGAUGAUUGCCUCUCGCUCUAUCUAUAUCUAUAUAUUAUUAUUAACUAGUGAUUGCAUUAGGAUCAAGCACUGGUGUAUAGUAGCGCCUUCUGUCUUACUCCUCUUGCUAUAUGGCAUAUAUAGGCUUACUUAUGUGAGGUAGAGAUGAGCCCGAAUUGGGUCGGCAGGAUUAUAGAAAUGUCAACAAAUAUUAAUAACGAAUCUCAACUACUCCACUCAGUGUCACUCUGAUGCUGGAUCUCCCCUUUUACAUUUAUAUACAAAUUAACCUUAAUUUUCUGUGUAUUUAAUUUAACUCAACUGCAUGUGCAUGACUAUGUGUAUUGGUGCAUCAACUUGUAUUAUAUGUACGUGUACAUGAGAUGCAUAUGCAUGCGGCGGCAUAUAUAUGUCGUAUAAGUUCUGAGGGUGAUAUGUUAGGUCACAGGAAUAAAUGUUUUCUGUUUUAGCUAAAGACAGCAAGAAAGAAAAAAGGGUGAGAAAACUGAAUAAGAAAUAUAUGAGCAUCUUACGUACAAUAUUGACUUGGAACAGAUGCUAUAAGAAAGAAAGCUAUAUUAAUCACAUGACAAAAUUAUACACCAUUCGCAUCAGCAGAAACUCUAUAUAUAUUCAGUAUACAGGGGAUGUGCUUAUAUAUGCUAUAUUUUUCAAGAUAAAAUGACACAUAUGCAUGUCUACUUGUAUGAUAUAUUC